UGAUCCCGGUGAAGAAGAAAGGCCAACCAUAACCUGGUGUGUCCUAUGCCAGCGUCCGAGGGCUGCUGUCCCGUUUCUAAUCUUUGGGGCCACCCGUGCAUGGCAACGUCUUUGGUGUGUGCUCGGUGAGAUAGAGGAACAUGUGACGUGGCGCUUCACUUCCUGCUGUUAUGCUGAGCGGAAAGAGCUGAAGCACACAAGACAGACAAAGAACCAAACGGGUGAUUUCCAAAGGGGCCCCAGGCCACGAUCACCUUGGAGGAGAUGAUGGUGUGCUAUGGACGCGCUUGGUGGCGGUGGACGCCGAGUGUCCCCCUUGGAAGACUUUGAUCGCAAACUGGAGAUCAGAACAGAGAAACACGAGCGGCUACGAAGACGCACGAACGUGACGUCAUGCCGGAGCCCCGUGCGAGACGACGACACGUUCCGGAUUAAACAUCGACUCAAGGAAAAGAGACAGAGCGAGUUUCUGAGGAGGCGUAGAGGAGGUUCCUCGUCAGGGUGGCUCUCCGGGGCCUCAGGCUCGACCUGGGGUCUACAAAGCAGGCCAAACACAGACGACUGGCAGAUGAUGAUGAUGAUGGAGGAAGACAUCACAAUGGAGAGCGUCAUACAUGACACAAUCAUUGGUGAGUGGCUGACUGAUGUCAAAGGUUGUUGCUGGCCUUCACAUCAAAGUCCUCCUUGUCUCCUAGAUGCCAAAACCAUGAGGAGCGAGGCCGGCGUUCAAACACACUCUGGCCUGGUGACCAUCAAAGAAUGUGACGUCCUGCAGUUACAAGAGUACUUGCAGGAGGCCUUGUGGAGGGAGGAGACCAUCAAGAAGAAAUUGUCAGCCCUGCAGGAGAGCAUCGCGCAGCUUCUCAGUUCCUUCAACACAAUAUGGAAGAGUCGCCCCAACGAAGACGUGCUGAGAAACAAGAUCCAGGUCCUGGAGGACCAGGUCCUGGAGGGCCAGCUCCAAGCCAGCGUGCCGGUGUUUCCAAAGGAUGCAACCAGGAAGCUGCUGCUCCAAAUGAAGAAGCAGAAAGUCGUGUAUGAGGAGAAGAGCCAGGAGAAGAACCAGGCCCUCAGCAAGACGGGGGAAGCUCUGGUCACCGCCAAGGUGGACAUCCUGAGGCUGCACAACCUUUACGAGGAGCUCAAACAUACGUCUGAAAAGCUCAGGCAGCAGCAGGACUUCAGCACCGAUCAACUACGUCAGCAGCAAGUCCAAAUCGAGCUGUCCAGAUGCAGGGAGGCGGCGCUGACGGAGGAGCUGGUGUCACUGAGACAGGAGAAGAAAGAGCUUGAGUUCAACAUCGGCCUGCUGGAAGAAUACAACGGCUUUCUAAGAGACAAGCAGCAUCGCUGCGGCCAUGGCGACGCUGUGGGAAAGGAUGCGGGAGCUCAGGAGACACCAGAGGAAGAAGUCAAGCCAAAGAGAGACGUGAUGGUUGACACGACACCAAAGGAAGGGGGAGGAGCCCAGAGGGAUUCGGACCUGCAGGGCCAGAUUGAUUCCGCUCAGAAGGAAGUCGGAUUAAAGGGGAAAGAGUGGGAGGUGCAGCCAAGGAGGCAGGAGCUUCAGUCUCAGCGCAGGGAAGACCUCUGGCCCGUCAGCCACCACCGUAAAAGACUGAUAUCACAUGCGUCCUGGUGGAGCCUGUCUGUCCUCCUCCUCCUCCUCCUCCUCCUCCUCCUCCUGGCUGUGGGAGGAGCCGCCCUGCUGUGGCAUCUUCCUGCCAGGGAGCAGAUGGAGGACCUUUACUCUGACAUCGGGAGACAAAUUGAAGAUUAUUUUAUGCAAAUGAGCUCCCCCAAACACCCAGGCUGCUUUAGGCCAUUUUGAGCAUGUUACAUGUUCAUUUGGAAGAAAGUAGUUUUGUCUGCAAAUGUACGGCUGGUUGAAUGUGGAUGUGUGUGCUAUGCAGUAUAAUAAUAAUAAUAAUAAUAAGAUAAUAGUAGUACGUGUAAACAAUGAAAUAUCUUCUUUGAAACAAUGCAAAGUCAUCUGAUCA